AUGGCACUCUUACGCAUGAAUCCGACACCUGUUCACCAAGUUCAUCCGUAUAUCCGGAUCAUACUUCUCGUCACUCUCCUGAACUGCGGGUUCACAAUCCUCUUUUUCUCUCAUCUCAUCUUCUUUCCAGCACUUUCUAGCUCAUAUCUGCCGCUCGAAACAUUCAGAUCAUCAGUCAAGCAUGCUUUGCGACCGUUGGUGAGCGGGCCAGAUAUAUCAAAGUCAUGCAUCGAAGGACAUCGAGAAACCCUUGCCUCGGGAUACACCAUCGAGGUCAAAUGCAAUAUGUAUCGACAGGGAGUUACAUACCAUGAAGUAUCUUCAUACGACGAAUGCGCAGCUAUUUGCGACUCACUAGAUAUCGAUGUAUGCUCCUACCAUCCACCAUCAAAACGAUGCGUCGUAUCCAACGUUCAUGGGAGAGAUAUUCCUCGGGACGGUGUCUAUUACAUGACCAAAGUCACCGAGGAUGAUAUUGAGGACCUCGGUUCUUUCGACCAUAGCGACCCGUUCGAAGAAGCGGCAGCUCAAGAAAAAGACGACUACCUUUACCGCAUCACUCUCCUCGAAGCCGAAUUGAAUGAUUGUCGCACUGGAAAUAAUCCGCCAAUACCUUUAUGUGGCGUUCCAGGCAUAGCUAUCCACGGUCGCAUCGAUAUGAUAAGAGUAUCCACCGUUGACGCGUGCAAAGCAGUUUGUCUCGCCAACCCAUUAUGUCAGGCUUAUUCUGCGUCUGACGACCCGGGAGAUUGGUGUUAUAUCUUUGACAGACCGCACGAGGGAUUUACGGCAGAUUAUUAUCAUCACUUGCAUACAUAUGAUCGCGACUGUUAA